CUGAACUGAAUUAUUGAAAAUCAUGUUUGAUCUUAAAGAACUUGUGCAGUGGUUAGGUUUAGAUGAAUUUGAAAUAUUUACGAAUUUGAUUGCAUUAUUUAUAUUUUCGAUAAUACUUGCGGUUCGUUUGGCUGGCGAUAUAGCAGAAGAGUCAAUGGAUUGGUUUACCGUAUUUUCUCCACUAUUUUGCGGUGACAUUUGCAAUAGUUAUUUUAGCAUAAUUGUUUGCAUUCGCAUGUAUUUAGAUAAUGAUAACAAGCGGAAAGCCCUACAGCGACUCUUAUGGAGUAUUAAAUUCCUUGUUUUAACCGGAGUUUUUAAAUAUUUAUUAUGCUUGAAAUUGUCGGGCGCACAGAAUCUAGAUUAUAGCGAAGUUUUUGCACCAAUUUUCGUACUGCUACAAUUAGUUGCGGUUCGAGCGUGUCAGCUAUCGGGCUCAACAUAAUUUCAGAGAUCGUAUUUCAUAUAUAAAUCCAAAUAAAUAAAAGCAUUAACAAAACUGCAUCUCAAGUCGAACAUUAA